CUAGGGUCCCAGCUGAAUUGGUUCUUCUUCGGCGUGCUCUCCGUGCAGAUGUACAUGUACCACCAAGCGAAGUACAAGGACAACACGUUCAUCCGAUCGGUCGUCUGGUUCAUGUACCUUUUCGAGGUGCUCCAGACGGUCUUGCUUACGCACGAUGUCUUCCACCAACUGGCAGUGAGCUUCGGAAAUAUGACGGGCCUCUUGAAGCCAUAUCUCGUUGGGUUCGAGCUACCAAUACAGUCCGCGAUCAUCGCUAGCAUCACGCAAUGUUUCUAUGCGUGGCGGAUCUACAUCUUGAGCAGUUCGAAGUACCUCCCAAUCGUCAUUGUUGCGCUCUCGUUACUGCAGUGCGGCGGCGGGAUUGCUGAGGGUGUGGCGUGUUUUGUCUACCAGACUACAUCGGCAACCAUUCCCUUCGAGGCCAAGGCAGUAGCGGUCUGGAUAGCAGGGAGCGCGGCUUGUGACAUUACGAUUACUGUGAUCAUGGUGUUCUAUCUGACGAGACGCCGGAGUGGUAUCCAACGUACGGACAGUAUGGUCAACAAGCUCGUUCAAGUAGUGGUCGAGACGGGUCUUGCAACCGCUACCAUGGCCAUCGUGCAGCUCUGCAUGUACCUCAUCAUCAGGGACACGACGUACUACCUGACGCCUGCAUCCAUCCUUCCGAAGGCGUACAGCAACUCCCUGCUCGUGCUGCUGAACAACCGG